AUGCAACAAGAAACACCAGCAGUCUGCAACGAUCAAAGGGAUUUGGGUGAAAGAGUUCCCUAUUUAACUGAAUGUAGGUUUGAGGAAACCGAGGGCCUUGCUCAUGCUUACAAUAAUGCCGGUAUAAUAUCUAGCUUUCCAAGUUGGUUGACGAGAACGAAAUUUCUCGAGCGGGAUACAGAGGGCUGUGAUGAUCAAACGUGUCCACAUUGCAAUGAAUCCAGAUACAAGAAUCAGAAUUAUCUGGCACGUGCAGCAACCACCACCAUCAUGUCCGUCAGUGAUAUGCUUUCACAAAUGCUUGCAGACCCAAAAAUAAGGGAUCUUACGCAGUAUAGAGUGAACAGGGAAACAAGUGAAGGUGGAAUUCGUGAUUUUUUCGACGGACGUCUCGGUUCAUCGGAUGUUAAUUCAACAGAACGAGCAAGAAAUCUGCAGAGCAAAGGUACACCUAGUAAUGGCUUCCGGACAGUAGCAGACAAUCGACGUGGAGUGAUGUACUUUGACGAUAACUUCGUAUCUUUAAGACCUUUAUCCGAUUUCAAGCAAGGCAAUCCUCCAAGCAUCUUAAGUGAAUUUCUUUCGUUUUUGGGUUCAUUGUUUUUUGCAUUGGAUGAGUUACAUUUGAUAGCUAGAGGUAUUGCAAGAACAGAUGGGUCUCGUGCUGUAGAUUGGUUAAAUUUCCUUUUAUAUGUUGUUCCAACAUUAAUCAUCCCACAACUUCCAACCCAGAGCUCGAAAACAGCAAUCCUUUCGCUGGUAAAAGGAUUUUUUCAAAAUUGGCAUGAAUUUCUUGUUGAACAGAUGGAAAACAAGGUCCUCUACAUCCUUAGUCGACAAGAUCCACGUAGCGUCCUGUUGGAAAAACUGAUAAGACCUAAUAGACAAAGUGGAAAAACACCAGUAAUACCAUCGGAAGAAUUACAACUUGGGCUUGUGUUUAGAGGGUUGUAG